AUGGAUUAAAUAUUUAUUUCUGGUAUUGCAGGAGGCUCAGCAGGAAUCAUUACAGAUUUUAUCUUUUUUCCUAUUGAAACAAUAAAGACCAGAAUCUAAGCAUCCAAUAAUAAAGUUGAUUAUUUCAAAACAGCAGCCAAAGUAAAUAAAUACAAAGGACUUUUAUCAUAAAUCACAGUCUCCUUUCCAUCAGCAUUCAUAUUCUUCUCCACUUAUGAUACAUCUAAAAAAUAUGGUUGUUCGCAUAUGAUAGCAGGUGCAUUAGGUGAGUUUGUAACAAACAUCAUCAGAAAUCCUUUUGAAGUGGUCAAAAACCAAAUGCAAGUAGGUUUAGAUGCAAGUGUGAGAGACACACUGAGAUCGAUCUAUUAUGGUUAAGGAUUUAGAGGUUUCUAUGCCGGAUUCACUACUAUAAUAAUGAGAGAAAUACCAUUCAGUGCAAUUCAAUUUCCAAUAUAUGAAAAUAUGAAGAUACACUUUGGAAAUGACGGAUUUGUAGACCAUGCAUUAAAUGGGGCUGUGGCAGGAGGCACAGCAGCCUUUUUAACUACACCAUGCGAUGUUGUGAAAUCUAAAUUAAUGACCUAAAGGAAUCAAUUUUAUGAUUCUCUCAGAGGUUGUAUUAAGUCGAUUUAUGAGACAGAAGGGAUUCUAGGUUUCUUUAGAGCUGCCCAUAUUCGAACUAUGUAGAUCUCAACAUCAGGAAUUAUAUUUUUUAGUGCAUAUGAAAGAUAUCAUGAUUAUAGCUUUUUAUUGAGAUAUUCUAAAAGUGAAUAAGAAUUAAGGACAUUUUCCAAUCUAUCUACAAAAGAUAUAUGUUUCCCAUGUAAUAUUCUGUAUGUCUUAUUCUCUUCAACUGUAAGUUUCUCUUUUAUUACAUGA